GCUCCUCCGACCCUGAUGGUUCUUGUUUCUCCGCCCGCCACGCGGCUUCGCCACUCAGCAGAGCUUUUACAAAGGCGCGAGUACCCGGGUGAGGACCUGGACGCCGGAAUGAACACGUCCCGGAUUGGGCACUUUUGGACAUUAUUUGCAUGGGAGAUUGGGAUUGGGCUGGCCUCUUGGGUGGCCUGGGCGGUGUUCCUCCGGCGCGUGACCAUCCACUGCCAUGGCCGGGCGGGGGCUGCUUUCCGCCGCUUGGGCGCCUUGUCCGGAGCCGGGGCCUUAGGCUUGGCCUCCUACGGGGCGCACGGCGCCCAGUUCCCGGAUGCCUACGGGAAGGAGCUCUUCGACAAGGCCAACAAACACCACUUCUUCCACAGCCUGGCUCUGUUAGGGGUGCCCCAUUGCAGAAAGCCCCUCUGGGCCGGGUUACUGCUAGCCUCUGGAACCACCUUAUUCUGCACCAGCUUUUACUACCAGGCUCUGAGUGGAGACCCCAGCAUCCAGACUUUGGCCCCCGUGGGAGGGAGCCUGUUAAUCUUGGGCUGGCUUGCCUUGGCCCUUUGAACUUCUUUGUAUUGCUGGGUACUUCUUUAAGAGUUGGAGCAGGGAGGGGAUUAAAAGGGAAAGGCAAAUAAAGAACUCGAGUCUU